AUGAUUGACCACGGUCUCAUUUGUGCAUUUGUGGAGAGGUGGCACGAGGAGACUUCGAGCUUCCACCUUCCGUUUGGGGAGAUGACAGUGACACUUGAUGAUGUGGCCUAUUUGCUGCAUCUCCCCAUUGACGGCAUGUUCCUGUCCCAUGGGUUCAUAUCACGGGACCAGGCGAUGGAAUGGAUAGAGUUGUACUUGGGGUCUGAUCCGGUUGAUGCUCUUCUUGAGGUGACGAAGACCAAAGGUGCAUAUUGCCGAUUUGGCUACUUGCAGAGGAUUUUCAAGGACCGUUUGAAGGAGCAGUUGGCGUUGGAUAUUGAGUAUGGUGGUGUGACCGAGGAGAAUGUUGUGGAUGUUGUCUACCACAUGUACUUUAGAGACCUUGAUCUUGUUGCUGGUUAUUCAUGGGGAGCUGCGGCACUAGCUCACUUGUAUAGGGAGCUCAACAAUGCUACACGUUGGAACUGCAGUCAGGUGGCAGGAUACCUGACUUUGUUGCAGGCUUGGGUGUAUCAGCACUUCCAAGGUAUGGGAAGCAAGGAUGCCUGGGUAGGAUAUUGGGAGGAUUGGUAUCCACGCGCGAUGCUUUUUUUACCACUGUCUGGUUUGGGCACACCAGACAACUACAUAAACCAUCUGGAUGCGCUGGAUUUGACGAGGGUUGUCAUGGCCCCAUAUGGAGAGCACUGUGCGACAAGUCAGUUUGAGCGGGUCAGCCUUUACUCUGGAUGGAUAAGAUACGGAGACCGCAUGGUGAGAUAUCUGCCAGAGCGGGUGCUUCGUCAGUUUGGGAGGGUUCAGACCAUACCGAGACAUCCUGUUGAGAGUGCACCUCCUGAUCUUAAUUUAGCGGAGAUCUCAAACCGCUUUCAGCGUGCACUUGAUUAUGCGUUGACACCUGAGAAGUUGGGGCAGUGUGCAGUUCAUUGUGUGGAGGCAGAAGGUGGAUACAUAGAGUGGUUUUAUCACCAUUCUCAUCCCCACAUGAUUCUUCCUGACAUGCCGGUACAAGUGUCGAGGCCACUAGAGCAUGAGGUCCUUGAUGCGCGAGCUGCUUAG